AUGUCAAGACCAGUUGAGAACAACAAUUUGAGUUUUGUUGAUGAUUUGAAUCCUGCAAAAGACAUGUGGAACAUAAAGGCGCAAAUCAUCCAAAAAUGGAAUCAAGGUUUUAAGAUGGAUCUAAUCUUGAUUGAUGAGAAGGUAAUAAAACUUCAAGAGGAUGAUGUUGUUAUUCUCUCCAAAUUUGUUGUCGGUGAAAACAAGGACCAAUACAAAGUUGUAGCACAUGAUUACAAAAUAAACUUUUAUCAAUGUACAACUGUUACACGUGUGAGAGAGUGCCAAUGUGUUGAAUACGGUUUCAACUUCAUUCCUUAUAAAGAUAUUCUUCAAGUAGAGGCAGCAAAAUCGUUGAGUAUUGAUGUUGCUAGAUCUGUGGUUUGGUGUGGAGCUCUUGAAUUUCGAUAUUCAAGACUUGGAGUAAGUGGUCAUGUAGAUGUCAGUCAUUACAAACGAUUGUUUUUAUCUAAUGUGGAAAGAUGGUAUACAUACAAACAUUGUUUUCAUGUAGGGUUUAAUGACUUCAUUUCUAAAAACGCAACUAAUGAGCAUGUGAUGGCUGUUAUACAGCAUGGAAAGUGUAAGGACUGGAAAAACCAAUUUACAGUUCAAAGUGAUAAGUUUGCAACUCGACUGUUUUUGAAUGAAGAAAUCGAUGAAGUUAAUCAGCUAAGGAGGAGUCUUAUACUGCACCACAGGACAGAUAAUGUCAAGAAACAUGUUGAUGAGAUUAGCGAGAUAGAAAAGGAAAUGUCUUGUGUUGUAGUUGCCACGAUAAAGAUUGUGCAAGAAGACUAUGGUUGGUUUUAUGUUGCCUGUCGUAAGUGUUUCAAGAAGGUCAUACCUAAAACUGAAUAUUUACAGAAUGUUGAAAAUGUUUCUGAAGAAAUUCUUCAAAUGUCUACCACUGCUUUGGUUUGUCCCAAAUGUGGUAGUGAAUGUACAUCCAUCAACAUAAGGUUCAAGCUGCAAGUCCGGGUGCAAGAUGACACUGGUAGUGUAUCUUUUGUUAUGUUUGAUAGAGAUGUUCAUAAGAUUGUUGGAUUAGCUGCGAGUGAUAUAAGAGAAAGGCAAAUGAAGGCGAAUGAUACUGAAUCUUUCCCACAUGAAAUAUCUCGAUUGGUUGAUAAGAAGCUGGCUUUUAAGAUUGAUGUUUCUGAAUUCAAUCUUAAAAAUGACUAUCAUGUUUAUACUGUGCAAAAAACAUGCGACGAUCUAGUAAUAAUUGCUCAGUUGGUUAUGGGAGAUGAUAACGGCAAUGAGAAUGCUGACGAGGUUACUCAAGAAGCAACUGAAAUCAAAGAUGUUAACCUUUUAGAAUGUUCCCAGGACAUUGUCUCUAUUACUGUCGACUCUUCCGUCGUUCAAAUUGAAAAGGAUUUUAGUUCAAGUCCGAAUAGAAAACGAACAGUUCAAGAUGUUGAUGUUGUAAAUGUUAGUGAGCUAUCAUCUAACAUGAGACGUGGAAGAAGCCAUCUAAGCUUCACAAUUAGAAGCUUAUCAAAAACAUGUGUUACGAGAGUUAAAUAG